CGCAGAGGCUGAGAGCAGCCAAGUCAUAACCUGGAAAGGGAGCUGAAGCCGGCUUGGGCCGCCUUUAUUAACUCGCUUUCUCAUGAUAGGAUGCAACAUGGCGGCAGCAAUGGAAACUGAACAAAUUGGGGUAGAAAUAUUUGAGUCUGCAAGAAGCCAUGGAAGUUCGGAGUCCACUGGGGGGGACCUCAAAUCCGAGCCUUUCUUUGUUGAGCGCCAUUCCUGGAGCCAGAUGCGCAAACUGCUAGCAGACACUAGGAAAUACCAUGGCUACAUGAUGGCUAAGGCACCUCAUAGCUUCACAUUUGUAAAGAGGAAUGAUCUUGAGAGUCCUCAUUCUGAUCGCAUGUACUACCUGGGUACAUGAGGAACAAGUCCAUACAAAAAUUGCACUAAGACAGUACAAAACGAAUGCAUUAUUUCAUAUAGAGAGAUAACGGUUCACAGACAGACAUUUGAUUAAGGGGCUGAUUUAUCAAAAAUCCAGUUCUUUUCUGAACACUGAAAAAAACACGGAGAAGAAAAUAUGAACAAUUAUUUUCUGAAACCUCAACUGGUCAGAAUUUAUUAAAGACAAAAAACGUGAAAAGUCAGAGCCAGAAAAAACUUGUUGUAUAGAAGUCAGUGGGAAUAUUCUCUAACAACUUUAUUUUCCCAGUUUAUUAAACAUUUGAGAUUCUCAGUCUAAUUGAAAUUAAAUGGAACCAUGUGAUUCCCUCUGGCAUGCAACUUUUAUUCUUCCACAAAAAAAUGCACGUGGUAAUAAUGUUUUGAGGGGUUUUUUUUUCCUUAAAUAGGCUAGCAUUCAAGAAUGCUAGCCUAUCGAGAUGAUGCAAUAGCCACCACCCUCCAUCUGGCCCUCUCUCAUAUAGACAAACAAGACACCUACGUUCGAAUGCUGUUCAUAGACUUCAGUUCAGCAUUCAACACUAUCAUUCCUCAGCAUCUGAUAGAAAAGUCGAGCCUCUGAAACAUCAUCUCCAGAACCACCACACUGAGCACUGGAGCCCCUCAAGGCUGUGUGCUUAGUCCUCUACUGUUCACUCUGCUGACGCAUGACUGUGCAGCCACACACCGCACAAAUCACAUCAUAAAGUUCGCUGAUGACACGACUGUGGUGGGUCUCAUCAGCAAUAAUGACGAGUCACCAUUCAGAGAGGAGCAGCGGUUAACAGAAUGGUGCAGAGCCAAAAACCUGUCUCUCAAUGUAGACAAAACAAAGGAGAUGGUUGUUGACUUUAAGAAGACUAGGAGUGACCACCUGCCAAGGUACAUCGACGGCUCUAAUGUCAAAAGCACUAAAUUUCUUGGUGUCCACCUGGCGGAGAACCUCACCUGGGCCCACAACACCAGCUACUUAGCCAAGAAAGCCCAACAGCACCUCUACUUCCUGUGCAAGCUGAGCAAAUCCCAUCUCCCACCAUCCAUACUCAAAACCUUCUACAGAGGGACUAUCGAGAGCAUCCUCAGCAGCUGUAUCACUGUCUGGGCUGGGAACUGCACUGUCAUGGAGCACAAGACCCUACAGAGGAUAGUGAAGACAGCAGAGAAGAUCUUAGGUGUCUCUCUUCCUGCCAUCAGGGACAUUUACACCUCUCGCUGCAUCCGUAAAGGCUCCAGCAUUGUGGCUGACCCAACACCCCCUUGCACUCACUGUUCACACUCCUGCCAUCUGGAAUAAGGUACAGAAGCAUUAGGGCCCUCACUACCAGACUGUUACAGUUUCAUCCCCCAAGCCAAAAGGCUCCUGAAUACUCAGGGACUGGACAAAUCUCUCACACACACACUCCAUCUGACUUUACUAUAUACCACAACGUUACACAGCCACUGUACGCCAUUGUAAAAAUAAAUAGCCAUUGGAUACAAUUGUUCUCUAUGAGCACAUCUGCACUUUUAUCAUGUUCUUUAUCAUGUUCUUACUACUAUCAUAUCACAAUGAUACACCCAUCAUGUCUGACGUUUAGCAUUAUUUACUUAGCAUAUUAUAUCUGCUGAGUGUGCACUGUCUUGUUCUGUCCCUGCACUAUGCUGUCUUGUCUUGCACUUGCACUUUUUGUCUGUUGUCCGGUACAUGUGUGUAGAACCAUGGUCCUAGAGGAACGUUGUUUCGUUUCACUGUGUACUGUACAAACGUAUAUGGAUGAAAUGACAAUAAACUCAAUCUUGACUCUUGA